GGUCCUGCGGAGGCCGCUUCCGGAGCGCGCCGGAGUCGGGCGAACGGCGUCUCGGAGGAGCUGCACAGGCGCCCCUCCCCAUGGCGGCCGGAUCCUGCACCCCACCCGGCUCCCUGGGCGCCACGCGGCCCGGCUUCCCCAAGGAGAUCCUGCGGGCCGAGCUGGAGGGCAAGUACCUAUGCUCCGAGUGUGAAGACCUGCUGCGCCGUCCCUUCCAGGCUCAGUGCGGCCACCGCUACUGCGCUUACUGCCUGAAGAACCUGAUCAGCUCGGGGCCGCAGCCCUGCGCUGCCUGCCUCCGGGAAGGGCUAUACGAAGAGGGCGUCUCGGUCUUGGACAGCGGCACGGCUUUCCCGGAUAAUGCUGCCCGGCGCGAGGUGGAAAGUCUUCCGGCCGCCUGCGCCCGCAAGGACUGUCCCUGGAAUGGCACCAUCAAGGAAUACGAGGCUCAUGACGAGACGUGUCCCAAAUUCCCACUGACCUGCGAUGGCUGCGGGAGGACGGACGUCCCACGGGAAAUGUUUGCCGAGCACGUCCGGAGCUGCGGGAAAUGCCGGGUACCGUGCCGCUUCCGGCCUGUCGGCUGCAGCGAGAUGGUGGAUAACGAGGGGCUGCCCCUCCACGAGACCCAGAACUUGCCCGAGCACCUCGGCCUGCUCCUGUCCUUCGCCCUGCGGCUGGCACGGUGCACCCGUCCCGAGACCGGGGACCCCCCUGAGCUUGGGGCGCCCCACCCAGAUGAAGACCCCCAUCCGGUCGGGGGGCCCCACCCGCUCAAAGACCCCUUUCCGCUCGGUGCCCAUAACCGACUCACGUCGCCCCCUCCCUCCGGACUCCCCUGCCCUGCUGGGGCCCCCCACCCGGUCAAAGACCCCCACCCGGUCGGGGCCCCUAACCCGCUCAAAGACCCCCAUUUGUUUGGGGCUCCUAACUUGCUCAAAGACCCCCAUCCGGUUGGGGCCCAUAACCGACUCACGUCGACCCCUCCCUCCUGUCUCCCCCACCCCAUGGGGGAACCCUGUCCCGCCGGGGGCCCCGCUUGGGGGGCUGCCCCUUGGGAGGCCCUGGAGAGGAAGGCCUCCACCUUUGAGAAGAUUGUCUGCGUCCUCAACCGUGAGGUGGAGCGUGUCUCGGCAGCGGCCGAGGAGGCGGCCCACCAGCGGCGCCAGGAGGAAGACCGCGCCGAGUCUCUGGCCCUCAAGAUCCGGCAGCUGGAAAGGAGCUUGGCGUUGAAGGACGCGGCACUGGCGGACAUGGAAUCGGCGCUGCGUGGCGCCGAGGCGGCGACCUACGAUGGCGUCUUCCUGUGGAAGGUGGAGGAGGUGGGCCGGAAGAUGCAGGAGGCUGUGGUCGGGAGGGCACCCGCCAUCUUCUCGCCAGCCUUCUACACCAGCCGCUACGGAUACAAAAUGUGCCUCCGUCUCUACCUCAACGGCGACGGCUCUGGGCGUGGGUCACACCUCUCACUCUUCUUCGUCCUAAUGAAAGGUCCGAAUGAUGCCCUUCUGAAGUGGCCCUUCAACCAGAAGGUCACCCUGAUGCUAUUGGAUCAAGACCACCGGGAGCAUGUGAUUGAUGCCUUCCGCCCGGACGUUGCCUCCUCCUCCUUCCAGCGCCCAACGGGCGAAAUGAACGUCGCCAGCGGCUGCCCGCUCUUCUGCCCGCUGGCCAAGAUGGCUGCCAGAGACUCAUACAUCCGAGACGAUACGCUAUUCAUCAAGGCCAUCGUCGACCUGGCCGGACUCUGACACUCCGCUGGCGGUGCAGCUAUGCUUGCGAGAAGGGCGACGGCGGGCGCCGAGUUCGAGGGGCGGUGCGACUUGCACCCUCUUCCCCGCCGGAGGAAGUGGACGUGGGGGGGCCAAAUUGGUGUUUCGCCAAAGGAGGGUGGCGGGUUCUACUUCUGCUACUUCCUGCCCUUUACGGCAGGAGAUUUGCAGAAUAAAUACCUUGGUUGUCA